GGUAACCCCACCCUCCCGUUUCCUAAGGUCUAAGGGUCCGCGACCCCUCUGAUCAUGGCCCGUAAGACCCAAGAAAGUGCCUGAGUGCCCAAGCUAAGCACCGUCGCAUUCCGCAUCCCGCCCCAUCUCAUGCCGUUACAAACCCGACCUCGACCUCGACUCACCGCAUCGGUUCAAACCACGACACCACGACACCCUCAUCGGCAUAUCUGACCCACCCAGCCGGCGAACUGCUGCGUGUGGACUGGCACCCGCUCUCAUUUUCAGGACUCCGUAUCGACUCGCAUCACCUUUCUCACCCCAGCCGCAUCGCAUCACCUCGCAUCGCAUCGCAGCACCCGCAUCAAACCCGCCACCAGGAGAAACAAACUCCAAAUCCGAAACUCGAAACACCUCAGAUCUUAGCGGUGCACGCACAGGGACCGAUCUCGCCGGCCGACCUUGGUCCUCCCUCCCUCCCCAUCUGCAGCCCAGGCCCACGGAACCACGCAACAGCCACGCCAGGCCCCGCUGCCGAGCCUCAUAAUCAUCGUGAUAAACCUUCGAGAAGGUCCCUUCCCUUCCCUCCCAUCCCCUCGGGUCCUGGUCCUCCCAUCUCCGGCAUCCUCGCCUCGACAUCCGGUCCAAUCCACUUGCUGCCUGUUGCUUCUUCUUCCUUUCCCCUUGCUGUCUGCCUGUCCCUCCCUCUCCCACCUGGACCGAGCUCAGCAAGGCUCGGACCGCCGACGAGAUGGCAAUCUGGGUCGGGAAACAGAAAAUGUCAUGUCGAUCCUGCAUCAAGGGCCACCGCUCUUCGACAUGCAACCACCUCGGCGGGCCCCUGUGGGCAGUGCGCCCAGCUGGCAGGCCAAACAAGGCCUGUGUACACGGCCCCGGCGACCUCUGCCUAUGCGCCCACUACUUCCCUCUCACCUGGCUGAAGGCUGCCGUCCCACGCAACAAGAAGUGCUCGUGCCAGGGGUCAGGGGGCACCGGCAAGAAGUGCAUGUGUGGCCACAGCAACGGGGCCGCCCCGGCCACUCCGGACGAGGAGACGCAGCCCAUCUUCUUCCAGGACCUCGUCGCCCGAGGCCUGCAGGUCACCACCGAGCCUGUUGAUAUAGAGCUCCAGCCCCCCCAGUCUUGUUGCUCUGGUCCAAAACCAGCCCCCGCCUCAACACCGGCGCCGUCUUCGUGCUGCUCGCAACCUGCCUCGAGCACGCCGGCGGCCCCUGUCGCCACCCCGGCACAAUCGUCCUGCUGCUCGCAGCCGGUUAAAUCUGAGGCGCCGACCCCGACCCCGUUCACGAAUGGAAACAGACACAAUGGAAACGGGCACACCAAGCACACCAAGACCGAGUCACUGUCCUCGGCCAGCUUUGCGACGCCAGCGCCAGCGCCAGCGCCAGCGCCAGUCCCGGCCCCGGCCCCGCAGUUCCAAUCUGCCCCCGACUUCAAGGUGUUGGCCAUGACCGCAGCCCAGGCAGCGCAUGCGAACGGUGGCGAUCACAUGUGUAACUGCGGCCCUGCCUGCAACUGUGUUCUCUGCAUCGAUCAUCCAUACAACACUGCCACGAUGAACCACAUCGCCUCGGAAUUCGGGCACAUGAUGACGACCAACGACUCGACCGUAUCACCAACCGGCGGCUCAAACGGCGGCGCCCUUACUGCGUUCAACCAGCCGUGGCCGUCGACCAACGGCGCCAUGGCCAGCAGCAUGAUGGCGCCCGCACAGCCCUUCACAGAGGCAAUGAUGCCACCCCACCAGUCGCCGCACCAGUCGCCGCCGCAGCAGGCGACCGACAUCUUCCUCAACCCGGCCGACUUCCAGAUGUUCAACUUUGCAUUCCCGCUCGACAACAUCAACCAGUACGACCCGCAGCCCGACUUCAGCUUCGGGGCGAUGCCGCCCGAGAUGGACAUGGGGAACAUGGGCGACAUGGGCGACAUGGGCGACAUGGACAUGAGCGGGCUGUGCGGUGGGAUGCCCGAGGGGUGUCCGUGUGGCGACGACUGCGCCUGUAUAGGAUGCCAGGUCCACGGCAAGCCCGGCAACGGCAUACCAGCGACGAACUGGAGCUAGCCCGAGCCUGGGGGCGCCGCAACGGGGACGCCAACAGGAACGGUCGGCCGGCACGCAGGGCGCUGGAGAGUUUCAAGCCACCGGGAGAGAAGGAAGGAAGGAAAGGCAGGGCGGAGGCAACGGCCGGGCUUUUCGGAUACUUUCUAAAGCAGAACAAAAAAGAUUGUACAUAUUCUUUGAUACCCUGGGUAAAUACGGCACGGAGGAGGGGUCGGCAGCAGCCAUUCUACGGGAGCAUCGCAGCAUGGAGUUCUUUUGAGUUCGGGGGGUUUGUGCAGUCUUGCAGUGCUGUACCGUACCACGCCUAAAAUAUGGAUGAUGUGCAAGCGGGGUAUUCUCUGUAGGAAGCAGGAAUCUACGCAUGGCAAUGGACAUGUUGGACU